UGGAGAUGGGAGCAGACGGGCGAUGGCUGUGAUCCUGCUAAUGCAAACAACAAUACAGGCGCAUUAAAAGCGCCCUGGAGUGAGCCGAAUCUGCUCCGCUCCAGCCAGUCGCCGCUAGAGAGGGGAACGGAGUGUCUAGGUCAGGUGCGCGGUGGCAGUGGCAGCAGCUGCUCCUGCCCGCCCCUACGGCCCAAAGCCGGAAGGAUGGUGCAGUCCUGCUCCGCCUAUGGCUGCAGGAACCGCUACGACAAGGAUAAACCCGUUUCCUUUCACAAGUUUCCUCUUACACGACCUGAUCUUUGUAAAAAAUGGGAGGCUGCGGUCAGAAGAAAAAACUUUAAACCCAGCAAAUACAGCAGUAUUUGUUCAGAACACUUUACUCCAGACUGCUUUAAGAGAGAAUGCAACAAUAAGCUACUGAAGGAGAAUGCUGUACCCACGAUAUUUAGUUUUACUGAACCACAUGUCAAGAGUGAGGACCUUCAGGAGCAACAAGAACAGCUCCCACCCCCUCUUCUAACCCCUCCUGUUUCCCAAGUUGAUGCUGCUCUUGGAUUAUUGAUGCCACCUCUUCACACCCCUAAUAAUCUUGCAGUUUUCUGUGACCACAACUAUACUGUAGAAGAUACAGUACAUCAAAGGAAAAGGAUUCAGCAGCUCGAAGAACAAGUGGAAAAACUCAGAAAGAAGCUCAAGACUGCCCAGCAGCGAUGCCGAAGACAAGAGCGGCAGCUUGAAAAGCUCAAGGAGGUUGUCCAGUUUCAGAAAGAAAAGGACGCAUUAUCUGGAAGGGGCUAUGUGAUUCUACCCAAUGACUACUACGAAAUAGUAGAAGUCCCAGCAUGAAAACAUCUGCAUAUAUUAUUGGGGCAGGAUUCCAGGGCCUCUUCAGACGAACAGGAGAGUCAUUUGAAAAAUUAAACAUUCUUAAUCCUUAUG